GCUGUGCUAUCUUGACUCGGCACAAAGUGUCUGAUGAGAUUAGAGCAUCAUGUCUGCCUGCACACUCCUGCUGCUCCUGGUCUCCUGUUCUGGAGCCCUGGCCUCCCACUUCUACGGAGGGACCCUGACCUUCACCCCGAAAGGAAGGAACCCCGAUGGAUCGUUCAGGGUGGACAUCCGCUACAAGCAGACUUACGAGUCCUGCUCUCUGUGGAAUGAGUGGUACUGUCUCAGUGGGGACUGUGGUUCCGAUAGCAGAUUUGAGGUUGCAGAAGUGGACAGCGGUACUAGUGGAGUCAGUUAUUAUGGAGGCAGGUGGUGUACAUCCGAAGCAUUAAUGACAAAAAAUAUUCGAAGCAACCAGCCUUUUGAAAUGUGGAAAACAGGGUGCUGUUGGAUUUACAAUUCGGAAAGCACUUAUCAACCAUGGUCUCUCCUGACACAUGUGGACCUUGGGAUCAGGUCUGACACUCGGGAACCCAACCGAUCUCCAGUGACAGCAGUUCUGCCUUUCAUCCGGGUACCUCAGAACUGUCCUAGGAGAUUUGACCUGCUGGCUCAUGACCCAGAUAAUGACCAAGUUAUAUGCAGAUAUGGAAGAGGAAAUGAGUGCUCUUACUGCAGCCAGCAUCCAGGCUUCCACUUGGAUCAAAAUUCCUGUACCUUGACUUACCAGUACAACUCCAUCCAAAAUGCUCACGCUUUUGAGAUUGUCCUGGAGGAUUUCCCCAGACAACAAAUCACUCUGUCUUACACCGAUGGCACAUUGUCUAUCAAGUCUCCACUAGUUGUAAGAGACAAGCGGUGGUACUACGGCCCUAUGCCUACAUUACCCCCUACAACUUCAUCAGAACCUACGACUACAGAAGCCCUUACAACUACAUCAGAACCUACGACUACAGAAGCCCUUACAACUACAUCAGAACCUACGACUACAGAAGCCCCUACAACUACAAACCCCCCUACGACUACAAUGGCCCCUACAACUACAUCAGCACCUACGACUACAGAAGCCCCUACAACUACAAACCCCCCUACGACUACAAUGGCCCCUACAACUACAUCAGCACCUACGACUACAGAAGCCCCUACAACUACAUCACCCCCUACGACUACAAUGGCCCCUACAACUACAUCCAAUGCCCUACAACUACAUCAGCACUUACGACUACAAGGACCCCUACAACUACAUCAGCACCUACGACUACAGAAGCCCCUACAACUACAUCACCACCUACGACUACAGAAGCCCCUACAACUACAUCACCCCCUACAACUACAAACCCCCCUACAACUACAUCACCCCCUACGACUACAAACCCCCCUACAACUAUAUCACCCACUACGACUACAGUGGCCCCUGCAACUAUGCCCAUGCCAAUGCCCAUGCCAAUGACCAUUCCAUUGAGCAAAAUCCCUUUGCAGUUUGCAAUCCAAGUUGACCCAGCUGUGCAUUCCUGUACCGAGGGGGAACUUCUGCCCCAGUUUCUGUCCCCAACUCCAAGAAAUGGAGAAUUCCUUAAUGCGUCUGUCAAUCGGGAACUGGAAAUCAAGCUGAGCGCUACCGCAUCACAAUC